AUGUUCCACCCCCUGGAUGACCCCAUGUUCCUCCCUCCUGGACCCCAUGUUCCACCCGCCUGGUCCCCCUGUCCCCCAUGUCCACCCUCCUGGUCCCCAUGUUCCACCCUCCUGGUCCCCAUGUUCCACCCCCUUCUGGACCCCCAUGUUCCACCCUCCUGGUCCCCAUGUUCCACCCUCCUGGACCCCAUGUUCCACCCUCCUGGUCCCAUGUUCCACCCUCCUGGUCCCCAUGUUCCACCCUCCUGGUCCCCAUGUUCCACCCUCCUGGCCCCCCAUGUUCCAUCCUCCUGGUCCCCAUGUUCCACCCUCCAGGUCCCCAUGUUCCACCCUCCUGGACCCCCAUGUUCCACCCUCCUGGUCCCCCAAUGUUCCACCCUCCUGGUCCCCAUGUUCCACCCUCCUGGACCCCAUGUUCCACCCUCCUGGACCCCAUGUUCCACCCUCCUGGUCCCCCAUGUUUCCACCCUCCUGGUCCCCAUGUUCCACCCUCCUGGUCCCCCAUGUUCCACCCUCCUGGUCCCCAUGUUCCACCCUCCUGGACCCCAUGUUCCACCUCCUGGUCCCCCCAUGUUCCACCCUCCUGGACCCCAUGUUCCACCCUCCUGGUCCCCCAUGUUCCACCCUCCUGGUCCCCAUGUUCCACCCUCCCUGGUCCCCAUGUUCCACCCUCCUGGUCCCCAUGUUCCACCCUCCUGGACCCCCAUGUUCCACCCUCCUGGUCCCCCAUGUUCCACCCUCCUGGUCCCCAUGUUCCACCCUCCUGGUCCCCCAUGUUCCACCCUCCUGGUCCCCCAAUGUUCCACCCUCCUGGUCCCCCAUGUUCCAUCCUCCUGGUCCCCAUGUUCCACCCUCCAGGUCCCCAUGUUCCACCCUCCUGGUCCCCAUGUUCCACCCUCCUGGACCCCAUGUUCCACCCCUCCUGGUCCCCCAUGUUCCACCCUCCUGGUCCCCAUGUUCCACCCUCCUGGUCCCCCAUGUUCACACCCUCCUGGUCCCCCAAUGUUCCACCCUCCUGGUCCCCCCUGUUCCACCCUCCUGGACCCCAUGUUCCACCCUCCUGGUCCCCCAAUGUUCCACCCUCCUGGUCCCCCAUGUUCCACCCUCCUGGUCCCCCAUGUUCCAUCCUCCUGGUCCCCAUGUUCCACCCUCCAGGUCCCCAUGUUCCACAAUAGGGACCUUAAUAGCUUCAUCUCCAUAUAUGUACUCAGACUCGAACCACAAAUCACCAGGAGGCUUAAUAACCCUCCUGAUGGUGAUAUAGGGCUUAAUAACCAUCCUGAUGGUGAUAUAGGGCUUAAUAACCCUCCUGAUCGUGAUAUAGGGCUUAAUAACCCUCCUGAUGGUGAUAUAAGGCUUAAUAACACUCCUGAUGGUGAUAUAGUUCUUAAUAACCCUCCUGAUGGUGAUAUAAGGCUUAAUAACACUCCUGAUGGUGAUAUAGUUCUUAAUAACCCUCCUGAUGGUGAUAUAGUCAUUAAUAACCCUCCUGAUGGUGAUAUAAGGCUUAAUAACACUCCUGAUG